CAGUAACUGAUAUAAUACGUUAAGUCAUUCAAACCACUGAUGCAAUGCAAUUGUUAGUAUUGCAGUACUACUAGUAAAACUAUUUAAAAUUUUAGGAUUUAUUUAUUGAUAAAUACUGAUUAUAAAUUAAAAACGGUACUUCUUUGUAUUGGUAGAAACUGCUAAUUAGGUGUUACCUGGAAUAUCGUGUGCAGUUCUUGUCUUAAGAGGAUAUUUACUUACCCGUUACCGGAGAGAGUUCAGAAGAGGACUCCUAAGAUGAUUCCAGGAAGGAAGCGUCAUGUUAUGAAAUAGUUACUUUAAAUGGACCUUGAAGAUGGAACUGUAGAUAUAAUGAUUCUGAUGACAAUGUAUAGACACAACUGUACCUUUCUCAAGAUUCAUGUAAAAAACAUGGUUGGAUUAUUUAAAGAUAACUUGGUGUAUAUGAACAUUUUGUGAUAUGCAUAUGAAGAUAUAUCUGUUUUGAAAACAUUGACUCUUUCACUUGUCUUGAAUAUUUAUGUAUGAAUAAUAUUAUUUUGCAAAUGAAAUGCUGUUUCAAACUAAUUUUCAGUAUAGAUUAUUAUCAAGAGUGUGGACUUGUGAAUAUGCAAAAAAAUGUAAUCAGCCUUUGUAUACAUUAACUAAAUGCAAAAAUAUGCAUCGAUAUUCAACUUGGUCAAAACACAUGAUUAAUUCAUCUGAACAAAAAAUGUAUUUUCUAAAACAAUAUGGAAAUAUUGUUAGUUACAGUUCUUGUUCAUUUAAUGUACUAGGUAAAGUAACCAAUAGUUUGGGGGAGCCUACUGAAGUUCUACAAUAUAAUUUUAAUGGUUAUCAAAAUGAUGCAAAUAAAGCUCUCAACAUCAAAAUGGAAUCAUCAAGGAAUUCUAAACUAGGUAAACAGUUUAGAAACUGUAAGUCUGUUGAUCAAGUGUUAGUUUUGUUUUCAAGUACAAAAGAGAAACUUAUAGUUGAAGAUUUUGUUGCUUGUUUGGAAACAUUAGGCCAUCUUUAUUUAAAACAGCUUAAAAUGUAUUCGUGGGCUUACUAUAAUAAUGAUAAACUUCUCUGGAUUCAGUCAGAUAUAAAUUAUGAAGCCAAAGAAAUGUUUGCAUCUAUUCUUUGUUGCCCAGAAUUUAAUGAAUUAUGUAGACUUCUGGAAGAUUUAAUUCACACGUUGUCUGAUUCUGAUUUAACUUCAGUAACACGUUCAUUAUUUUUUUUGCAUCCUUCUCAUGGAAAUCGGACUGUCAUGUGUCUUGUUAACGAGUGUCUGCUACGAUCAAGUAAUUUUGAUUUAGAAAACCUUGUGAGAUUUGCCGAGAUUGGAACCUUUCUUCGUCGUAAUGGUUUUCCAGUUUAUAGUAAAGUUUGCAAUAGGUUGACCCAAAUUUUGGAGGAAACACCCAUAAGUUCCAUAAACUUGGAGCACCUUGCAAUUGUAGUAAACAGUAUUGGUUAUUUCUGUUCAGAGAAAUUGUUAAAAUGCAUUUCUGGAAUAGUAGUGACCUCAGCUUUAAAAUCUAACUCUAACCUUAAUCCUUCAACCAUUCUUCUUUUCUUGGAAGUAAUUACUAGAUUUGUUUCUGUACCUGAUCAAAAUUUUCUGAAAGUUACUUGUGAUAUACUUUCAGACAAUAGUGAAAACUUGUAUACAUGGCAGUUAGGGACAGUUUUAAGAUUCCUAAGAGUUGCAAGAUUCCAAGAUGAUAAUUUAUUAAGAGUAAUAAGGAAAACUGGAUUAGAAAGACUUAAGCAAGGAUUAUUAAGAUCAAGCGAUUUAGUAAGUCUUUUAAAUCUUUUUGACCUAUGUGGAUGGAAUGAAGAACUUAGGACAGAAAUUGAAGAGUUACUUAUGCUACAUGUUCAGGAUUUUGAUGUUAUUCUUCUAAAGCAUUGUGCACAGAGCCAGUUCAUGAUACACUGUGAGAAUCAGCAGGUUUUGGACAAAUUUAGUGAUAGAGUCUUAACAAAACUUCCAGAUCUUCUGAAUGCAAUUUCUUGCCUACUGAAUGUUCUAAGUUUUUAUUCAAAAGCUCGUUACCAGAAUCCAGUCUUUCAUUCAGAGCUAUCUCAGUUUUUAUUGAAACAGAUACAGUCAAACCAAAUAACUUACCAGCCAAGUCAUCUAGCUGUUUUCUUUAAGUAUAUGCUAGCUUGCUUGAGCCAAAAGAGAGAACUUCCAACUGUAUUAAUGAGUGCUGUCUCCAAUAUGCUAUCACAGUUUGCCUUCACUGAUGUAAUUUCAAUAGCUAGGACAUUGAACUUCAAGACUGUGGUUGUGCCUUCCAACAGAUAUAGACAGAAUUUAUAUAUAUACAAGUCCCUUCAACAGUGUGUGCUUCAACAAUUGUCAGAAGUCCCAAACAUAAAUAUCUUAUGCAUGUUGAUAAAAGUUCUCUUUGUAAAAUCAAAUUUUGGCUACAGAUUUGAAUAUGCUGAAAUCACAAGAGCUUUUGAGGGUCUUAUAUCUACAGUAGAUGAUAAUAGUUUCAAUUCAGUACUUUUAAUACUUACAAGGCUGAAACUUUUUAUUCCAGAUGUAUUGGAACAUCUUGCUCAGUUUUGUCUGAAAAACCAGAGUUUAGAAAUGAUUUCUUUUAUGCUUCAAACAUGUGCCUUCUUUAACUUCAAUUCAGAGAAGAGUUGUUUGCUUGCUGAAGAAUGUCUAAAGAUGUUGGAAAUUAGUAGCACUUUAAAUUUAGUUGAAGUAUUAGGUAUUGUAUAUAGCCUUGCAGUGUUAGAGAUCUUUCCAAAAGAAAUUAUCAAGAAAAUAUUUUCUAUGGAUUUCCUGAGAAGGCUAGAUAACUUCUGUGAAAAUCACCCACGCUUGAAAUAUAGACUACAUGAACAGCUGGAAAUCUUGAAUCGUAUUGUAGCAUUAGAGUGUCCUGAAUUAGACAUUCCUUGGUUUCAUGAACACUUCUGUCAGGAAUUGAGCAUCAUUAAAGGUCCUAAGAUUACAACAGAGAGGAGAGAUAAUGUGUUAAAAGUUCUUCCAGAUGUCCUUGGAGGCCAAGAAUUUUAUAGAACCAAUCAAACAACACCAUAUUUUUAUGACAUAGAUUUUGAAUGUGCUUUAACACCAUCAGGCCAACCAGUAUCUUUUAGAGAUUUAACUCCUCACAACAAUUUUUUGACAUCCUUGAAAAGAGUGGCUCUUGUAAUUCUUGAACCUCAUCACUACUGUGCCAAUGUUAACUGGAAGCUGGGGAAAACAGGUGUCAUGUUAAGACAUUUGGAAAUGCUGGGCUAUACAGUUGUGGAACUCCCUUAUAUGGAAUUGGAUUCUAUUAGUCAAUCCCACAGAGACCUCUUGGCCGACUAUCUCAAGACAAAGAUUUUCCAGAGCAUAUAGCAGUUCAUUUUAUACAAAGGGUUGAAAAGGAAUCUUUUAUUUGCAGUUCAACAAGCAGCUUCAUAACUUAUGGGUUAUGUUUGAUCUGCAUUUGAAUAACAAAUAAAAUGAUAAAUUGAAAAAUUUAGAGGUUACUGACUUUUUUGUCAGCCCUCCUAGCCAGCUUUUUAGCAUAAUAUUAAGAAUGUAGAGUGGUACAUUUAGAUGUGCAGUAAGUAAACAUUGGAAGGUUUGAGGUCAACUAGUAUAAGAAGUUUAAAAUAGGAUUUCAUAAAAGUAAGUUGAGCAUAAUUACCACUUUUUUAACAGUACAAAAUAAAUAUUUAUAAUAAAUUUUAUAAUUUUAUAUUUCCAUACCUGUAAGUAUUAUUAUAUACUGAAAUGCUUAAUCUUGAAUAUAUGAAAAUUGCAUACAUUCAGUGAUUUACGCAAACGAUACUUCAUCAUAAAUAAGCUAGCAGUUGUAUUUAUAAAAUUAGAAGCUAGCUCUUUGUGUGUUCUAGUAAAAAUAAGUUAUUGUGUUAUUCAGUUGUUCUCUUUUCUUUUUCAUUGAUUUAUUUAUCAACAAUGUACUCGCCUCAAGCUGACAAAAUUCUGUUUUUAGAGUCUUUGACUUAAUAUGAAUACUUUUUAUGAAAGUUGGCAAACUGCUAAAUAAAUUAACUUUUAAAUGACUAUGAUACGAUGUCAGGGUCACAGACUGAAGCUGCUUAAUGGUUGAUUGAUAUAUAUCUUGAAUUAUACAAAUAACUUUAAACUCAAAACUGUUGGUUAGAUCUUUAGAAAAGCAGUUAACUGCAGGUUUAUAAUUUGAAACCGAAACAUGUUAUAAUUUUUGUAAUGCCACUUUUUUUUACUCAUAUAGUAAGUAUGACAAGACACUACAGUUGAAGCAGUUGCUAAAUAUGGUUUGAUGUUAUGUAGAUUACACAGCAUCUAAAUCAAAACUGUAAUUCUGAAUAAACUAAAUGAAAUAUAAAUGUAGUUUAAACUAACCUAAUACAAAUAUAACUAGUUAUAAACUUUUCAAAACUUAAAGUAAAUAUCUAUAUUUCCCUGCACUUUAAGCUGUGGAUACCUUAUAAGUGUGACAGUGAAUCGCUUAGCAUUAGUGUACUGCUGAUUGGCUGCUUUCCCUCUGAUCAGUAGUUCAAAAGUAGGGAUAGUAAUAAAUAGCCUUAGCAGCUUUGCCAUGAAUACAAAUCAGUAAAAUCCAACAACAGUGUGGAUAGACCUAAUCUUUUUAUCAUGUAAAGAAUUUGCGAUAACAUUGAAAGUGAUUUUGUGAUAUACAUAAAUCAUUGAAUGUUAUUUUAUAUUACCAGAUUUUAGUCGAUACAUUAUUACAGUUAAAGCGACACAAUGUAGUUUUUAGUUGAUUUAAACUCUAGAUGUAUAAGAAAACUAUUUGUCCAAAGAAGUUUUUAUUAACAGUUUCCUAUUCAAGUGAGAAUUAGGAGAAUUUUGUUUACAGUUGACGUUUGGUUAAAGUAACCACAGUAAUGUAUUUUUUCUAAAGAAGGUUAUUAACAUCAUAUAAGAUAGACUUAACUACUGGUUUUCUUUCUGUACAUAUAUCUGUUUUCAAAGAAUGUACCUGUAUAUAUUGGGUAAGAGGAAAUAUGAGUUUCACUCUAGAGUUGUUUUGAUUUAGGAAAUUUCAAUUUGUGAUAAUCAUUUAAAUUUUACUCAUCAAAACACCUGCAAGUCUUUGUGGAUAAAAUAAAUAUAAAAGCUGAAUACUUAAAAUUAAUGUUAAGAGUGUAGUAGACAGCUUGAAUGAUGGUAGACUGGAAAAGCUAUACUUUAUUUAUAUUUUUAAUCUUGAAAUGUUUGCAUGAAGAACCUGAAAGGUAAACAGAAGAGUUUAAAAGAGAAAUGGAAACAUUUGACAAAAGAAAAAGAGAGAACAAGUUAAGGAAUUAAAUAGAUAAUAUUAGAUAAAUGAAGAAGGUAAUUGUUAUCUCCAGUACAAUGAACAUAAAACACCAACCUAUUUAAAUGAAACUUUUCAAAUUGAUACACAAUUUCAACAAUAAAAAGCUAAAAAAAACAAACUAUUAAGCACCAUUAAUGACUUAGUCUAGCAAUAAAAACUUUUUACAUGUAUCCUAUUCAAGUGUAUGACAAUUUUAUACUUCUAAUCAAAUAACUUCUACCUCAUCAUUUUUAGAGAAUAAGGUUUUUUAAAUGAGGCAUCACCAUAGCUUUUCCCUGUACGUUUUCCAGUAAAUCAGUGUAUGAAAACCUUAAGAAAAUAGUUAUUUUGAGAUGAUGCUGUAGGUAUCAACCAUGUCCAAUUUGUGUUUAUUCUUCUCAUGAAUGGAUUAAGUGUGAUGAAUAAUGAACCAUCUACUUGAUAGAAUCAGUUAGUUACACUGAACAAGAUUAUUUACAUAGAGGCCUGAAUAACUACCAGUCAUUAGUGUGUUUUGAUUUCACUUGUAGAUUGACUCGCAAGGAAAAAGUUUAAUGCAUAAACUGAAUGCUAAGAAUAAAAAAAGGUGAAACUUGCUGAUUAUAUUAUGCAAGUGUGCCUCCAAAGAAAGUAAAAGUUUUGUCUUCUGAUCAGUUUGGUAAAUAGAUAUACAUCAAGUUUAACUGAAGAAGGAGCACUAUAGAAUAAGUUGUUCCACUUGCUGCAAAACUGAAGUCUGUCAAGAUAACCAAUGAACAGCUCAGAAAAUUGACCUUAAAUAUCAAGAAUCAUUCUAAGAGUGAAAAGUGGCAUUUACUUGUUGCUUGGCUAACUUUCCCAUGAGAAAGGAGUAGUCAUUUUGCAAUCUUGUAUUUCAUUGGCUAAAGCUAGAGAAACAUAUUAGUCAUUGAAACAGUUUUGUCCUAGUUGUCAGACAGUUUGUAGUCAGUCAAAUAAACAGUAUUAUUUCAAGUUCAA